AUGCAUCUACUGAAAGGAGCGCUGCUGUUCGGCACCAUCAUCCUAAUCGGCACCGGCUGGACGUUUUUCAAGAACUUUCUUGUAGAUCGAGACCGCAAGUUAUUCAUGAUCGUAAUUCCACUACAGGUGAUCGACAACAUCGCGCUGAUCGUCUUGGAAGAAAGCGAGCAGGGUCAACAGAGUUAUCAGUUCUGGACGCGGUUUUUCAUCUUCAUCGACUUGCUGUGUUGCGCCGCUAUCAUUUUCCCGGUCAUUUGGUCCAUAAAACAUCUGGAGGAAGCGUCGCAUACCGACGGCAAGGCGGCAUUCAACUUAGAGAAACUUAAGCUCUUCCGCCAGUUUUACGUCAUCAUCAUCUGCUAUAUUUAUCUGACACGUAUCCUCAAGUACCUCAUCGCCUUCACGAUUCCAUUCAAGUACAAAUGGAUGACAGUGGCGAUUGAAGAACUUGGAUCGCUGAUUUUUUACGUCCUUACGGGUUACAAGUUCAAGCCAGCGGCGAAUAAUCCUUAUCUGAAACUUGAUUCGACUGACGUUCAGGAAAUGUCCAUAGCACCGGUUUCUCACUCAAUGCCGCUCUCGUCUUCACACUUGCCCUCGACUGAUUUUGAAAGACGUCUAGUCGUUCGUCGCCUGCUUCGCAAAAUGGUUCUGGCGAAGACCCUUUUCAUGACCGGCUUCGUUCUGCUGACCUUGCAGAACGCGACGGCUUCGCUGGACAACAGACGACGGUCGUCGAUCGGUAUGGCACUGCCGAGCAAGGCGUUCGUGACAGCAAGGCAGGCCGCGCCGCCGCGCAAAGCUACCGACCUGAACUGCGCCGACUUCAACAGCCAUUGCCGGUGGCACAAUGAUCGAAGUGUGAACAGCAUCAACUGGCAGGUGGCUUACAAACCUUUCCCUGACAGCAUGAUCAGAACUUUGACAAGAUCCCAAGAUGUACCCGAUGGAAAAUUCCUCAUGGCCAGGUCUAAUGUCAGGGCCACCAACGGCGAGUCAGCGCUUCUCGUCAGCGACGUCAUUCCGUGCCAAAACAACCAAGGUUUUCUGACGCUGCGGUACUGGGCGACGCGAAGAGUUUACAUCCAGGUGUGCACCAGGCGACCCGGAACCGGAAAAUAUUACCUUUACUGCAGCGGCCCAUUUAAGUGGGCACGUUACAGCGUUGCCGAGACCAUCGUUCCCAAUCCGGGCAAUGAACCGUUCGAGAUCGUCAUCGAAGCGACCAAUUUUGUGGCCAAUACAGGAAAACAGAGGGGCGGCAUUGCCAUGAUCGAUGACAUCAAAUACAGUGCAUGUUUAUGCGGCUCAGCACUGCGCAUGCCGAAGCCUCCGAAAAGUCGGUAUCAAAUAGUUCCGACACGCUAUGUCAAGAUGCACACUUUACCUCCCGUGCGUCAGCCUGUAACAUAUCAUUUGCGCCACGUUACUCGCCCUGCUGCCGUCACAUCCAGACCCGCACCGCCGGUAAAUGCCGUUGUUACCACUAGGCGAGGGCCACCUGCGGUGACUCCUCCUGCAGAUUUCACGUGGCCGGAAGAUUCUGCGACAACGGCCGUUGCUAUCUCCUGGCCAGAGCGUAAUGCAACAACGAUCGCUCUUACGUCAUGGCCGGAACCUUCACCAGUAGAAGCCGCAGUCACAGCUAUGCUAGAAGUUACCAAGGGCAGCCACGUCUAUAAGGAUAUUGUGGCUGCUUGCAAUGCGAUAAAGUGCGAUUUUGGAACA